UAUAGCUACUCGUUCAGAACAUACUGCAAAUAUACUUAAACCACUACAAGGUCUAAGCUAAAAUGCUAUUGAAAGAACAGGUUUUUGUUUUUACCUUUCUCAUCUUUUUCUUGACGUUUUUUGAGCAAUGUUAUCAGCUACAAGCCGCGUCCCAAGUGCGUCGUAUUCCAGCGUCAAUUUUUUUCCCAUCCAGUCCCUUUUACACGGUGAAAAGAAAUAAGAGACAGCGCCAUGGGAAAAUGAAAGUUGCCCGAGUACAUGAUGACAUGGCUUGUAUUCAGCAGUGUUCUCGUUUGGUAAGUGUUGGCUGUGCUGCCGUAAACUUUAAAAAAGAUGUCAUCAAUAGACUUCAUGAUUGCGAACUCUUAAUGGCAACACAAGGUAACAUUGAAGAUGAAAUACCAUUUGAAGACAACCAGGGAUUUGACCAUUUUGUUCUAAAGAAUCCAACUUUCCGAGACUGUGCGGAAAUCAUGAAGAAAUCGCGAGUUCCCAGCGGAUUGUAUUCAAUCAGACCUUCUGCCAAUCUACCACCUAUCGAGGUUAUGUGUGACAUGACAACUGACGGUGGAGGYUGGACAAUCAUUCAGAAUCGACUAGACGGGUCUGUUGAUUUCUACCGUGACUGGGCCAACUACAAGAGAGGGUUUGGUAACAAGCCCGGAGAGUACUGGUUGGGAUUGGAUGCCAUUCACUCAAUGACRUCACAAGGAGACCAAGAACUUCGAGUCGACUUGGAUGAUUUUGAGGGAAACACGCGCUACGCGGAGUAUGACACGUUUAUCGUGGGCGAUGAAGGGGACAAUUAUCGUCUUACUCUUGGAAAAUACUCAGGUAAUGCUGGUGAUUCUCUCAGUCCUUGGCACAACAACAUGGCAUUUUCAACAAAAGAUCGUGACAAUGACAUCAACAAAGAUGAAAACUGCGCAAUUGAGAACCAUGGAGGCUGGUGGUACGCUGCUUGUCACCAAGUYGACCUAAAUGGUYUGUACUUGAAUGGKCCGUACAGCGCUGGGGCACCUAAYGGUGUUCAUUGGUUGGGACGAGGAAAUUCCUUGAAAAGAGCAGUGAUGAAAAUACGACCGAAAGAUUUUUAAACUAUUUCUACUUCUUCUCACAGUUAUGACAAUACAUGCAUGCAGACUACUAUCGAAAGACAGAUGAGAGUAUCAAAGUCAUAGAUACCAAAGAUUAGAUAUAUGAAACUGAAUUCUAGUAAUCGAAAGAAAAUAUGAAAGAGAAGCGUUCAGUGAUAGUAAUUUCACCUUUCUUUCUGAGUAAAUUAUACUAAAGUUGCCUCGAAAUACAUAUUACAUUUACAGAUUUUCAAUAAAUCUUCAUGCAGCCAAAG